CGGGGGUACCGUGCAAUCGUGAAUAUGUCACACGAAUAUUGGAAAGUACAGUUGAGGACGCGCCUUGUGUUGUGUUCGUGUAAAGUAACCUGCACGCGUUGCUCACGAGCUAUGAGCUAUGACGUAUACUGAUUUAUGUAGGCGGUCGAAAUGCUGAUGGAGAAAGACACGGUGAAGGAUGGGCUGUACUUCCGAACGGUGAUUUCUACCAGGGCUGUUAUUGUAGGGGAAUGAGAAGUGGAAAAGGUCUUUAUGUCUUUAAAAAUGCUGCAAGAUACGAAGGUGAAUGGAGAAAAGCUAUGAAGUAUGGGGUUGGGCAGAUGACCUACCCAGAUGGUUCACGAUACGAAGGUGAUUGGCGACACGAUUUGAAGCAAGGUUUUGGCGCAUAUUACUAUCCGAAUGGAGAUAUUUAUGAGGGAGCUUGGUUUAAAGGAAAACGACAUGGACUAGGGACCUAUUUCUUUUCAGAAUACCAGAUAAAAUUUAUGGGCACUUGGGUAGAAGGAGUAAUUGAAGGCCCUGGUCAAAUUAUUUACCCGCGUGUUCGAUAUCACGGGUCGUGGCUAAAGGGAAAACCAAAGGGUCCAGGAUGCUUUGUGUUUGACACAAACUGUAUGCAGCAUGGGUUUUAUCUACUCAUGAAAGACCCAGCUUUAGAGGAGUUUGGUGAGGGAGAAGAGGAGAAGGAAGAGAAGGAAGUUAAAGAGGAGAGGUUGGAAGAAGGGGAGGAAGAACUUGAAAUCGAUGAGACGUUGGGUAAAAUUUCAGUUUGGCGCGCUCGCAACGUCACGGCGUACAUGGCGGAAUUCUUACCACCCGAACCAGUGCCAUUGCCAGUACAUGACUCAAUACCAUCUUUGACUGAAGAGAGUAUUGAAACUGAUAUAAUACAGUUUGAAUUACCCUCCGUUGUUGGAGAGGAAGAAGGUGCAGAUGACAAUGACUCUUGGCUUUUGCAUAGACAAAAGUUCCUUGAGGAAACUCAGCAAAAGGAAUAGUUUUUGCGAGAUUAUUAUUAUAUAAAACAUAUUUCAAUCAAUUAUUGAUUGUU